GCUGGGGUCAGUGCACAACGGAGUGGAGGCUAGGGCACGCUGCAGCCAUGUUCCGCUGCCGAGUGGCCGCCGUGGCGGAGAAGCUGGUGCGGAGCCUGCGCUCCCUGACCCCGAGGCCGCGGGGCCAGGCGGCGGCAGGCAACUUGUUGCAGCGAUGGAAUGUUCCCUUAAAACUACAGAUGAGCAGACAAAUGGCUAGCUCUGGUGCACCUGGGGGCAAAGGCGAUAGUUCUGUUUUUGUCCUUAUUGUGGGCUUAUCAACGUUAGGAGCAGGUGCAUAUGUGUACAAGACGCUGAAAGAAGACAAAGAGAGAUUCAAUGACCGCAUCGAAGCAAUGGCUAUGAAAUCCCAAGAUGUGAAGUCCACCUCUGAAGUGGGUGCUGCCUCCCAGGCCACAACAGCAGAGCAGGGGUUGACAACAGCUGAGCAGGGAGCUCCAGAGACAGAUCCAAGUGCUCGCCCUGAAUGUCCAUCCCAUGCUCCUUUUCUGCUAAUUGGUGGAGGCACUGCUGCUUUUGCUGCUGCUCGAUCCAUUCGGGCUCGUGAUCCUGGGGCUAGGGUGCUGAUUGUUUCUGAAGAUCCUGACUUGCCAUAUAUGCGUCCUCCUCUUUCCAAAGAACUGUGGUUUUCAGAGGAUCCGAAUGUCACAGAGACUCUGCGAUUCAAACAGUGGAAUGGCAAAGAGAGAAGUAUAUAUUUUCAGCCGCCUUCUUUCUACGUACCUGCUCGUGAUCUGCCUUAUAUAGAGAAUGGUGGAGUGGCCGUCCUCAGCGGCAAGAAGGUGGUGCAUAUGGAUGUUCGAGGCAAUGUGGUGAAACUUGAUGAUGGAACCCAGAUAUCCUAUGAUAAAUGUUUAAUUGCCACAGGUGGUUCCCCAAGGAAUCUUCCUGCAAUCGAGAGAGCAGGGAAAGAUGUGCAACAAAGGCUGACGCUGUUCCGCAAGAUUGAGGACUUCAGAGCUCUAGAAAAAAUUUCAAGAGAAGUCAAGUCCAUCACCAUUAUUGGCGGCGGCUUCUUGGGUAGUGAGCUGGCCUGUGCUCUGGGAAGAAAGGUACAAGCCACAGGGCUGGAGGUGAUUCAGAUGUUCCCAGAGAACGGCAACAUGGGCAAGGUCCUGCCUGAGUAUCUGAGCAACUGGACAACAGACAAAGUCAAAAGAGAGGGUGUUAAUGUCAUGCCCAAUGCUGUGGUGAAGUCCGUCUGUGUCUGUGGGAACCGGCUGAUAAUUAAACUGAAGGAUGGAAGAAAGGUGGAGACUGAUCACAUAGUGGCAGCAGUGGGCCUGGAGCCCAAUGUGGAAUUAGCAAAGUCUGCUGGCCUGGAGGUGGACUCUGAUUUUGGAGGGUUCAGGGUGAAUGCAGAGCUGCAGGCACGCUCCAACAUCUGGGUUGCAGGAGAUGCCGCCUGCUUCUACGAUAUCAAGUUAGGCAGAAGACGCGUGGAGCAUCAUGAUCAUGCUGUUGUGAGUGGAAGAUUAGCUGGAGAAAACAUGACAGGAGCUGCUAAGCCUUAUUGGCAUCAGUCAAUGUUCUGGAGUGACCUGGGCCCUGACGUCGGAUAUGAAGCCAUUGGCCUUGUAGACAGUAGCUUGCCCACUGUAGGAGUUUUUGCGAAAGCAACUGCGAAAGACACACCGAAGUCUGCAACGGAGCAGUCAGGGACUGGCAUCCGCUCAGAAAGUGAGACAGAAGCAGAAGCCUCUGAGAUUACAAUCUCUGCCAGCUCUCCCUCAACACCUCAAGUUCCAAAGCAAGGAGAAGACUAUGGCAAAGGAGUCAUCUUCUACAUCAGGGAUAAAGUGGUGGUGGGAAUUGUCUUAUGGAACAUCUUCAACAGGAUGCCAAUUGCUCGAAAGAUCAUUAAAGAUGGAGAGGAGCAUGCUGACCUCAAUGAAGUAGCAAAGCUCUUCAACAUCCAUGAAGAUUGAGCCCCUGCUCCAAGACACACCGAUGCAUCCCAGCCAGAUGGAAGUGGGGACGCACAUGCUGCAGACUGAGAGCUCGCCCCGCCUCAGAGCGCUGACUCUGUGUUCCGAGUACUUUGUGAAUAUUUCCAGUAAUCUAGAACUCUAACAUUUGCACCAGUAAAUAAAACCAGAUUCUUCUAAAUUCAA